AUGUGUCCGAUCUGUAAGACCGAUAAAUAUUUAUCCCCCAACAUGACCUUCCUCAUUAACCCCGAAUGCUAUCAUAAGAUCUGCGAAUCUUGUGUAGACAGAAUAUUCAGUCUAGGCCCCGCACCAUGUCCUUAUCCUAAAUGUGGCAAGAUUUUGCGUAAGAACAAGUUCAAGCAGCAAGUGUUUGAUGAUUUGAGGAUUGAACGAGAGAUAGACAUACGCAAGAAAGUGGGCAAUGUAUAUAAUAAGACCGAGGAGGAUUUUCCCAGCUUGAAAGAGUAUAAUCAGUAUUUGGAGAAUAUAGAGGAGAUUGUGUUUAAAUUGAAUAAUGAUGUGGAUGUAGUGGAAACCCUUGCUGAAUUGGACAAGUACGAACAGGAGCAUAAGUUGGAGAUCCUUGAGAAGAAUAUGAGGGAGAGUGAAAAGAGUGCCGAUUUGGUGAAAUAUCAAGAAGCUAUGGAAAGGUUGAAGCAAGAGAAACGAAAGAUUCAAGAAAAGAUGGAUCUUGAAGAUUUGAAUUUCCAACGAGAACAACAGCAGAAGUUGCUUGAUAAGAUGGCCACUUCAAGCGAAACAACGGAAGAAAUAUUGAAACAAUUGGAGGUUCAAAAACAAUCCCGAUUAACUUCUAGGCGUAAACAAUUACAAAGUAUAAAUGAGAAUCUCGACCGUCAAUUCAACAGUGCAAAUCCAUUCCAUAAACAUUUGCCUGAGGAAGUACAAACUCCGUUCACGCCGUUCAAAGGUGAUCGUGAUCUUAAUAAGAAAUACACCAUGUUGCCUGUUCUUGAUGCCGAAGAAAUAAUGGAUACCGACAAUUCACACGGAAGUUACUACGAUCCAUAUAUGAACAAAUUAGCAAAGGUGAAAGAAUUCCUUGGUGCUGGUUGGAGAUUAAAUCAUGUAUACGAACGUGCAUUAGAUGAAGCGUUUAUUGGAUUAGGUUGUAUAAUAGAACAGGAGAAAACACUGGCAAAGCCAACUCUUGUAUAA